AUGUUGAGGGCGCGUCUUGCACAAUGCUCACGCGCGGUGGCGUCUUCGAGCACGGCGCACACCCCGUCAUCGUCACUGCACACAUCCGCCGUCCUGCAAGCCUCCGCUCUCCGCAAGCGUAAGUCACGAGUCGCGGAGAAGGCCAACAUCGAAAAGCGUGAUGAACGCGAGCGCGCCGCGCAGGCCAACCGCCCCCACGUCGUGCUCGGUUACCGCCCAGGCGACGAAGUCAAAUGGCAGAGCUGCGACCUCGCUCGGGUCAUCGUCACUGAGCGCGACAUCCUGGCAGCACCUAUCCCGCCCAUGGAGCCGCCUAAGAGCGACAAGGACGUGCACCCUCCGGCGUACAUGAACUAUGGUGUCGGCCCCACAGAGAAGGAACUCCUGUUCGAUGUAUUGCCGACGCUGUCUGUGCAGGGCACGGCCCUCCGGCGGGAGGCGGUCCUACGGAUGUCAGCAGAAGAGCCGCGCUUUGACAUAAACAAGAUACACAGUGACCAGUUCCUAGAGACGCAGAAGGCGAUUCAGCUUACGCGGCUCGUGGACCUGCGGAAUGCGAAUGCGAGGGGCAUUGCAUACGAGAACCGCAAGCGGAUCGUGGCCGAGUUCUCUGAACCAGAGAAUCCGACGGAUACCGGACGGCCCGAGGUUCAAGCUGCCCUUCUGACGCUCCGAAUACGUACCCUUUGGGAACAUUUGAACAAUUUCAAGAAGGACAUCAGUAAUCGCCGUAGCUUGCGGAGACUUAUCCAUCAGAGAGCCAAAGUGUUGCGCUACCUCAAGCGGCUGGAUAGGGACCGAUACGACAAUGUCCUAGGGCGCCUCGGUCUGGAACCGGAGAGCGUUGAGGGCGAGCUGGUGGUCUAA